AUGUCCGUGUUUUUCCAAGACAUCUCGGCUGACAAUCCCAUUCAGCCGGGCGAUGUGAAUGCAAUUCUCCGGCCGCUUAACCUGGACAUCCCGGCAGAGGAGGCUGCCGACUACGAAAGGCUCUUGUCUGCUGUUCAUGACAUUGCCGUUGGUGUAUCACAGCUUCCAGACUACCAGCCGCUGCCGGACACGAAGAAAUACCCGCGCGAAGAUGUCCAUCUUCCGGGGCCAGGCGAACAAGAAUUUGGCAACGCCUGGGUGUACCGAUUUAAAAUCCAAGGCGACAACUCGCCGAGCGGAACCUCACUAAAGGGCAGAACUGUCUGCGUAAAGGACUGUAUCGCCAUCGCCGGCGUCCCCCUAAGUUUCGGUAGUGACGCUUUUCCAGCAUGGACGCCACAGACUGACGCUACCGUUAUUACCAGAGUUCUGGAUGCAGGUGCUGAUAUCGUGGGCACGUCGACUUGCGAGAACUUUUGCAACUCGACUGCAUCCUUCACCAGUGCACAGGGUAUUGUCCACAAUCCGCAUCAGUCUGGUUACUCAGCAGGCGGCAGCACCUCGGGAGGUGCAGCAUUAGUUGGCUCUGGAAGAGUUGACAUAGCCCUCGGAACUGAUCAGGGCGGAAGCAUUAGGGUCCCGUCAUCAUUCUGCGGAUGUGUUGGACUGAAACCAACACAUGGCCUCGUACCAUUCUCUGGUAUUACCAGUGGUGACCCAAUUGAUGACCAUGCUGGGCCAAUUUGCAGGUCUGUGACGGAGACGGCUGCUUGUCUUGAUGCAAUUGCAGGCUAUGAUGACAUCGAUGACAAGUCCAUUGGCGCUGGGCAGCAUGGUUCUUUUGGAUUUUCUGCGUCGCUUCAGAUCUCCGAUAAGCGCCUAGAUGGCAUCAGGAUAGGCUUACUCAGGGAAGGUUUCAGUCAUGCUUUGAUUGAUCCCAGAGUCCGGGACCAUGUUCUCGCUGCUGCAAGGAAACUCGAAAGCCUUGGUGCGAUAGUCGAAGAGGUUUCUAUUCCCCUCCACUUGCAUGGACCAGCCAUCUGGACACUUCAACAGCGCAUUGCCGGCUCGUCGGGUCUUGUGGGCUGUGCUACUGGGCGAAGAGGGUUGGGUUUAACUGAGUUUGAGACGAGGCGUCUGCCAUGGAGCAACGCCAAUUUCCAAAAGCUCUUCCCGUCAACAAAGAAUACUCUUAUAAACGGACAAUACCUGUUGGCAAAGUUCCCGGGAUUGUAUAGCAAGACCUUGAACAUUGGCCGCCAGAUCCGUGAUGCCUACCAGCAUGCAUUGGAGAAGUAUGAGGUCAUCAUCAUGCCCACAACGCCAUUCGUUGCGCCGAGGCAUAUGGAUUGGACGACCGUUCUCGAGUCCUUUGAGCCAACUAUUGGCUUAACUAUAAACACGGCGGUGUUUAAUGUGACGGGACACCCAGCCAUGUCUAUUCCCGUAGGGUUUCUUCCCGCGGUUGAUGACCAAAAUGUCCAUUUACCAGUUGGUAUGCAAAUAGUUGGUGGACUCUGGCAAGAAAAGAAGGUACUCAAGGUCGGGCAUGCCUGGGAAACAAACUUUGAUUGGCGUACAGAAGGGUCAGGAAAUGCCGUCACCAAAGACUCAGAGGAGUCGCUCACAGUUGCAGAUCGGGCUGCCCUAACCAUGAAUAACAUACCGUGUGCCAUGGUCAGCGGGACACGAUCAAUGGAUUCGAAUCACUUGAAGCUAUCAACGUAG